UGCAUUGGUGAUGGGGCUUUGGUCUUUGGAGGUAGGGGUGGGAAUAGGCUAGGCCGCCGACAGGGGCCUAUGGCCUGGCUUGUUUAAGGCCUGGCCUGUUUAAUAUAAAGGCUAGGUUCAGGAUUUUUAAGAAGCCUAUUUAAUUAAAUAGAUCAGCUUGGGCUUAUAAAAAAGCCUUCUAUGCCUAUCAGGCCGGCCAGUUUAAUAUAUUAACUCAUAUAAUAUAUAUAUAUUUAUUUAUUAAAGUAUAUAUCACCUUCCAACUUCCAAGUUCCAAGUAUCCAAAUCCAACGUGCUUCACCUGAUAUUUCAGCCGUUUUCUUUCUUGAACCCUGAGACUGGAGUAACCCUUGACCUUCUAUUUGCCUUCAAAUUCUUAUUAGUUGUCAAUAAAGUUGCCUUUCUAAUUUUGAAUCUUUCUCUUAGACUCUCACUCUCUCCAUUCUCCAUCUCCAUGAGCCGGCCCUAAUUUCUCUGCAUCACCUCUUUCAAGUUUCAACGGUUCGCACCACCUUGCUUCACCAUUGACGCACACUCGCACAAUACCAUCUUACUUCUAACAAUCCAAAUCAGUUGCUUUUUUGUAGCCGCACAACUGCACAAGAUUCACAAAUGUCUACUCCACUUGAGAGCAAUCCUAUUGUUGUUGAGGUGAACGAGCAUGUCCAACCAGAGGCAAGUCAGCUGCAAGAUAACGCACAAGAUGGUGAACAAGUCCAAGAUCAGGUCGGUGAAGAAUUGGUAACCAAGAAAAAGAGGAAGAAAACAUCUUCAGUUUGGGCAGAUUUUGAUGAAAUUGAAAUUACCGGAGGUGUAAAGAAAGCAGUUUGCAGAUAUUGCAAAGAAAAAUUUUCUACAGGUGGGAAAGGAGCCAGUACUAGCCAUCUGAGAAGGCAUUCAGAAAUUUGCUUACAAAGGAGUGCUCAUAAGGUUAGUAAAAAGAAGCAAAGUGUCAUACCCUUUCAGCCUUGUAACUCAGGUAACCCGUUUUUGAAUUCUGGUGCUAGAUACAAUGAUGAAAAGAUGAGGGAAAUCAUUGCUUCUGCUAUUAUGGUUCAUGAAAUGCCGUUUAGUGUGGUUGAAAAUGAUGUUUGGAUGUGGGCAUUCCAGUAUGCAAAUUCAGAUUUUCAAAAGGUGACUCGUAAAACCAUAAGAAAUGAUUGUUUAGCUUUAUAUGAGAUGGAGAAGAGAAAUUUGAAGGCAUUGCUGAAAAGUGUGAAUAAGAUUAGUUUGACAAUAGAUAUGUGGAAAUCAAGCCACCAAGUAGCUGAAUAUAUGGUGGUGAUAGGUCACUUCAUUGAUGCCGGGUGGAAGCUUCAGAAGAGAGUUUUGAGUUUUGUGAAAGUGCCAGCUCCUAUGCGUGGGGUUGAUGUGGUUGACGCCAUUUUCAAGUGUUUAAAAGUUUGGGGGGUUGAGAAUAAAAUUUUUUCCAUAUCUGUUGAUAAUGCGGCUUACAAUGAUAAAUGCUUAAAAAUCUCAAGGAGAACUUAUCUAGCAAUAAGUUAUUUCUUGAUGGUGCUUUGUUUCAUGUUAGGUGCUGUGCUCACAUAUUAAAUUUGUUGGUGCAAGAUGGCUUAAGCAAAAUCAAGAGUGUCAUUGUCAAUAUUUGUUAAAGUGUGAAAUAUAUCAACUACAAUGAUGCAAGGUUAAAGGCCUUUUGUGAUGUGGUUGAACAGAAACGCUUGAAGGAAAGGAAGCUUGUUAUUGAUUGUCCAACAAGAUGGAAUUCAACAUUUCAGAUGUUGUCCACUUCUUUGAAAUUCAAGACUGCCUUUGCUGCAUACAAUGAAAGAGAGUCGCAUUAUGUUUAUUCACCUUCACUUGAAGAUUUGAGAAAAGUUGAGAAGGUUUGCAAACUUCUAGAAGUGUUUGAUCUAGCUACUCAUGUAAUCUCAGGUAGUGAGUAUCCAACUACUAAUUUAUAUCUUGCUGAAGUUUGGAGAGUUAAACAAGUAAUUGACAAUGAGUCUGAGGAUUAAGAUGACUUCAUGAGAGAAAUGGCAGCCCCAAUGAAAGAAAAAUUUGACAAAUACUGGGGAGAGUGUAAUUUGCUUAUGGCUAUUGCCAGUGUUUUAGAUCCUAGGUGUAAAUUUCACAUUGUUGAUAUAUGCUUUCCAUUGAUAUAUAAACCUGAAAUAGUUGCCAUGGAGAAUAUAAGUAAGGUUAGAACUUCAUUGGAAAAGUUAUAUGAUGAGUAUGUGUCUAUGAGUAUUGAGGAGUCAUCCUUUGUGGCUGCAAAUGCAAAUGAUGGUGGUAACAAUGUAACAUCCUCAACUGAAUCUAGAUCUUCAUUUGUCACCGGAUUUGACCAAAUUAUGAAUCUUGUGCGUGAAAAGGAAGCGGUUCCCCCAAUGAAGUCAGAACUACAAGCUUAUUUUGAUGAAGGUGUUUAUAUUCCCGACGGUAAUAAUAACUCAUUUUGUGCAUUGGAAUGGUGGAGGAACAACAGCUUAAAGUAUAAGGUCUUAUCCAAGAUGGUCGCUAAUAUAUUGGCUAUACCUAUCUCCACAGUGGCAUCUGAGUCUACAUUUAGUGCUGGAGGGCGAGUCAUUGAUGAAUUUCGUUCUAGAUUGAAUGAAAAAUCUAUUGAAGCACUCAUUUGUGGAGGGGAUUGGCUGCGUCAUAAGUAUAAUUCUUAAGGAGCAUACUGGCAGAUUUUUUAAAUACUGAUAUGAUGGUUUUUGCUGAGAUAUUGUCCUAUGUUAUUUGUGUAGUUGUCUAGUUGAGACUUAUUUUCCUUGAGUACUGUCUAUGAAUCUAGUAUGUUAUGGAAAGUUUUUGGAGGUUAUUUUUCCAGAUUUAUUA